AGCACACCGGAGCUCUGUGCUAUAUUAUCAUUUAUUCAGUGGGGAGGUCGCUGUACACAUAAUCACUCCGCCAUUAUCGCAGUGAUAUCUGGAUCUCCAUCUCGCUUUUUACAGACAUGAAUAGACAUGAGCAUACUUGUUAAUCCAUAUACGCCAAAAAUCAGAGUUGUACACGAAUCACCGGGCCAUGAAGUUUCUGGCAACAGCUUGAAUCCAACCGUCUCUAGUACCUGUGCAGAUAUUUUCCGCGUCAUGUAUUCUCCGAACAUUUCGGUCCUGGACCAUCAAGAGACCGUUGAGACGGAUGAUUCUCAUCAGACUUCUGAUAUCUCACCAGACAGAGACAAAGAUGAUCCGGUCACAAACAGUUUGUUCUCCUUUGAAUUGGAUGCAAAUGGUUUACCGCGGUGUUUGCUGGAUCAGGUGGAUGAGGUGCCAGUCGAUCUUAGUUGGUUGGACAUUCUCGGUCCAACAACUGAUCCCGUUGACUUGAAUGACAUCAAUGUUAUGCCAUUGUCAUCGCCGCGUUUGGCGACCGCUCUGGAUAUUCAAGUCAGUGUUGAUCGUGACAAGUCUGACAAGAAUACACCAGUCUCCGUUACAAACGCCAAAACACCAUCCUCAUCGACAGCGUUGUUGGAUAUACCACGCAACUUUCCUUCGCCUUUAUAUAGGCCUGAUUUGACAGCACAUAUACGCUUAAAGCAACACAACUCCGAUUACAGACGAAAACAGGUAGAUGAAAAUGUUGAUAUACCCUCACGUGGCCCGAUAAACGCUGGCAUAGAAAAGUGUCUGAACAACGAAGAUCUGAUCACCGGAAAGCCGGGUCAACGCUUGUGUCUCACUGCGGAAGAACGGAAAAUGUUGCACUCUAUGGGCAUCCGGUUGCCAACACGGUUCCCCUUAACUCGAGCGGAGGAGAAAGCACUGCGUACCGUGCGGCGUAAAAUUCGAAACAAACUCUCAGCCCAGGCUAGUCGAAUUAGACGUCAGGAGUACAUGGUCGAUUUGGAACGUCGAAUGGCACUAUCUACCAAGGAAAACCAGCGGUUGCGGCGCCAUAUCGAAACACUGGAAAACGACAAGCGUGAUCUUCUAUCGCACAUCCAUAAGCUGCGAUCCUACAUUUCCAAAGUGCUAAACCGUCACGAUCGACUCACCCCUCUGCCACUCUUUGUCAAACCAAGAACAACACUGAAGUCUGGAUCACAAGCCGCAGCGGCUGGCGGAACCAGUCUUCUGAUUUUGACCUUCAUGAUCCUUGCUUGGACAGCAAUGGUACCGUUUCCGUCAAUACGUUUCUUCAAGCUAGACGCCCUCUCUCAAGCGGUCGAUCCUAAAAGUGCUUACAGCUUCUUUCCAGGACGUUCCCGCACUCUGUUAGAGAGUAAGCCUAUCGAGAAUGUGGCGUUGGAAAAAGAUAUCGCAGAAGACGACCGGCUCUCAUAUUCUUCUAUCCCGUCUCAUAGGACACAUGGAAAGCAAAAACCAGAGCUCCCUUCUUUGGAG